ACUGGAACGCCCAUCUUUCAAAAUUCAACGUCGAGCGGUGAUUGGCUAUUCGGCGACACGUGAUCAACGGUCGCGGGAAGUUCUUUGCCACGCGCUUCAUGGGAAGAGCUCAGUUUUCGACUCCCUCAAACUUUUGUAAACAUUGCAAAGGUUUCUACUCCGGAAAGACGCGUUUCUGUCAUCAAGGAGAGCGUGACAGAUUAUUGAAGGAGAAGGAUUGUUUCUAUUUUUCUUUUCUUUUUAUCAUUCAUUACUACCGAGGACGUUGCUACUGCAUUCGACUCAAGCAAGUACGAGGCCAUUUUCCCAGUUCUUACUGGCGUGUCGGACUUUAAAAGUACGGUAUUUUUUGUAAAGUUGGACUGCUAAAAGUAGUUUUCAUGAGCUUAAUACCAUUUAAAAGCCGGGGUUUAAAUCCUCGAAAUGUCGAGCUGCAGUCGCCAUCGACUCGGAACGCCUUCCCCCAAAUCCCGACCGAUUCGCCAGAAACUGCAGUUCACGUCCAGCGACGGAGAAGACGAUCCUGUCGAGGAUGUUAACAACAGCACCGGAGGAGAGUCCGGCUUCACGGAGAUGGACUCCCCGACACCGAGGCGACGGGGCGCCGCGGACAAGCUACAAGAGGGCGGCAGCAGCCCCCUGAACCACUCCGGCGGAGACGACGACGUGGAGCUGUGGGACGAGGAAGGCUUUGAUUCACCGUCCCUGCUGCAGUCCCCCAGUAGCGUUAUUUUCGCCAACUGUUCACCGUCGCCGAAGAAAGUGUCGCGGAUGUACGGAGGGUCGCCGGAGCGGAGCUACAUCCAGGACGACGGGGAGGGCUCCAGCUCUCCGAUACCGGACUGCCCCGACACACCUCCGCAUAAAACCUUCAGAAAACUUCGGCUCUUCGACACACCACAUACACCAAAGAGUUUGCUGUCCAGAGCCAGGAGCUCCGUCCCUGGAUCCUCCAGCAGAAGAGUUGCUCUCUUCAAGAAUGUCGAGUCUCCACGAAAGUCCUUCACAGACAGCGGCAGGAAACAGCAGAUGCCCCUGGUCAACUUUAACCCCUUCACUCCCGACUCCCUGCUAAUCCAGUCCGCCACACAGCACAGAAACAACAGAAAGCGAGCGCAUUGGAAUGACUCUUGUGGGGAAGACAUGGAGGCCAGUGACGUCGAAGGAGAAGAUGAAAUUCUGCCACCAUCAAAGAGGAUCACUAUGAUGGAGAGCAACAUGAUGUCCCGCUACGCCUCAGAGUUCCUGGAGCUGGAGAAAAUCGGCUCCGGGGAGUUUGGUGCCGUGUUCAAGUGCGUGAAAAGGUUGGACGGCUGCAUCUACGCUAUCAAGAGGUCCAAGAAGCCCCUGGCAGGAUCGGUAGAUGAACAGAAUGCACUGCGGGAGGUUUACGCCCACGCCGUGCUGGGCCAGCACCCCCACGUGGUGCGCUACUACUCAGCCUGGGCCGAGGAUGACCACAUGCUGAUCCAGAACGAGUACUGCAACGGCGGCACCCUGUCCGACGUCAUCGCCGACAACUACAGGCGGCUCAGCUACCUGUCGGAGCUGGAGCUGAAGGACCUGCUGCUGCAGGUCUCCCGGGGUCUCAAGUACAUCCACUCCAUGUCUCUGGUGCACAUGGACAUCAAGCCCAGCAACAUCUUCAUUUCCCGUAAAUCCGUAGCGAGCUGUGACGAGUCCGACGAGGACGAUGGACUCACCACCAGCGUCGUCUACAAAAUCGGUGACCUUGGUCAUGUGACCCGGGUGAACAAUCCACAGGUGGAAGAGGGGGACAGCAGAUAUCUGGCCAACGAAGUUCUGCAAGAGGACUACAGUAACUUAACGAAGGCGGAUGUCUUUGCUCUGGCUCUGACGGUAGUCAGCACCUCGGGAGCCGAGCCUUUACCCACCAACGGGGAAAAGUGGCAUGAAAUCAGACGGGGAAAAUUACCCUCCAUCCCACAAGUGCUUUCUAUAGAGUUCCUUAGUUUACUCAAGGUAACCAGCAGCAUCAGUCUGUGUUUAUUAUCCUCAAAUAUCCUUAGAUCCACUUCUACAUCAUUUUUUUUUUAUUUAGCCUUCCUAACAUGUGCACGUUGUUGUCAUUUUUUUCCAAAUGAGGAUAAAUUAAUAGCUUUUUGACUAAUUUUUACAAGC